AUUUUUAAGGAGUAUUUCCACGACAAAGAUCACUGGAGUCAUGAUUUGACCUAGUAUUUUCCGAGUUCCCAGUUAUCUUGAACGCACCAUAACUGUUUCUGACUCAGGCCGUUUUCAAAGGGAUUCGUUAAAGGCAGUCGCUGUUUAAACUGGAGAAGUCAUUUGCGCAACUGCAGAGAAGACUUCGUGCGCCGUUCCCGCAAUUUCGCAUAAACUGUUGAGACACACCUCUAAACAAAAGAACGGAAAGUUUUCAGCUCUUCACGGUCGAAGACGGGAUGUUUUAGCAGAAGUAUUCUAGAUUCACACGAUAGAGAACACAGCAAUUUUGACGGACUGGGUUGAGGAAACGAAACGCAAACAGCAAGAUAAAUGUUGCCUUAUCGGCUUGCUUGUCAGGACUGUGGUGUGAAGUUUGUCACCAUCGGCAGCUUCAAGCAGCAUGUCCGCAGGAAGCAACAUCAACAGCAAGUGGCAGAGCUCUUCCAGACAGACGAGUACCAAGGUCAAGUCUACUUUGCCUCCAUCUUGGUUCUGGAGUAUCUGGCCAGGAAACCCACAAACACCCCACAUCCCAUCGUCGGUCUGUGCCUGGUGACAUUGUGUGUGAGUCCAGAGUGGAGGGAUACUUUCUACCUUUGUCACAGUUGUGAGGAGAAGUGUGGCUCAGGACAGAUCAUAGACCACCUCCUCUCCGCUGACCACCUCUCCAACUACUAUAGCUACACAGACCCUGAUGUGUUGAGUUUCUCCUGGAUGCCGAACAUGGAUAUGUUGAACCUCAUACGGCCGCUAGCUGUCAAAGAGAUGGACAAGAAUGGACCUGGAGUGCUACGGGUGCUGGACAUGCCUAAGAGUGUGUCUGUGAAGUUGAAGAGAAGUGGCUACUCUAAAGUCAUGCAGGCCCUGACUCAGACUGACAGGCUGGCUGAGUGUAUCAGAGCUGACAGACCAGAGAGGAUGACUAUACAAGAGUACCACAGAGACCCCAACAGGAAACACCCUCUGCUGGGUCUACAGCACCUGGUGGAGUACUGCUGUGAAGGGCAUGACCAAAGGAGAUCCUACCUCUGUCAGCUCUGUCGCCUCCCCGUCCCCUCACGGAGGGUCAUCAAACACACAAUCAGCUUCGACCACCUCUACUGGUACUUCAAGGUGUGUCACCCCUCCACCCUCCUGAUGAAGGACUGUUAUAAAGAGUACAGCUGCAGGUUCAUCUCCAUGAUCCUGGACCUGGCCAAUCAGGCGCAAGACAUCAGUCAGUCAGCCAAUAAGGAGAUACAGCAAGUUGUGUUGGAACCAGCAGUGUUCUCCUCAGUUGAGUUUUCUGUCUACACAGAGGCUCUGAGGAAGUUGCAGACCAUUAGGAGAGAUCUUAAGGAGGGCAGCCUUAAGACCAGCAUUACACCUGGAGACAAACUGGUUCCUUUCUCAGAAGGGUCAAAGAUUACCAAAGAUGUUACCAUGACUACCGUUGCCGAGGCUGUUCCUAUGGAGACCAAGUCAAGCCCAGAGAAGACCUAUGUCACACCUACAGCUGUUGAGACUGUAGCUACAGCAAGUACUGCUCCAGUUGUUACCACAGCUACUAGCCAGAGAGGGACCUGUCGACUGCACUGUCAGGACUGCAACGUGGUAUGUGAGUUUGUGUCGCAGUACAAGUUACAUGUGCGUCACUGGAAACACAAGAAGAUGCUAGGAGAUAUCUUUGGACCAGGGGACGAGGACAGUAAAGCCUGCAUCCCAUCCUUUACCUUGUAUGAGUACUUCCGGAACCCAGAAAGAACCGAACCAAUUAUUGGUGUCUGUCUGUUGGUGAUGUGUGUGAGUACUGAGUGUUGGAAAACGCCCUUCUACCUGUGUCACACCUGUCAGGAGAUAAUCCCCGCCCAUCUCGUCAUGACUCACCUCACCUCCAUACUCCACCUUCGACGCACUCUGAUGUACCAGAGUCCGCAGUGUCUGCCAUUCGGGUGGGGGACAGAGAUGGGCCUGGAGGUCCUGAAGACUCUGGCCUGGGAGGAGGAGAGAGUCCGAGGAGAGAGAGACAAUGUUCUGAAGGUGUUUGAUAUUCCUGCCAGUGUUUUCCACAGCAUUAAGAUGUCCUCCUACUCCUCUGCCAUGAAGAGACUCAAGAACUUCCAUCGUUAUCUAAAAGUUGACAGGCCGCUGACGUUUUCCGCCCAUCUGAAAAACAAAGACCGGAGGAUUCCUAUGCUGGGUCUGCAGUUCCUGGUUCAGUACAGCGUUACUAGGGCCGGGCCCUCGUCUCCAGGCUGGGGCUUCCUGUGUUUGCUGUGUGAGAGGAAGUUGUCAGACGGACUCAGCAUCGCUCACAUACACAGCUAUGAACACAUCACCACGUUCCUGGAGCGUGCCCAUCCAGGCUCUGUGAAAGAGGUAGAGGAGUCUGAUGAGAGGAGGAGCGAAAUACUGCUGGACUUGGCACAACAGGCUGAGAAAAUACAUGCCAUGGGGCGCCUACAGUUCAUGAUGUUGCAACGCUACAUCGGGGAGUCAGUCAUCUAUGAGAGAGCCUUAGUGAUCUUGAAGGCGAUCAAGAAGAGAGGGAACAUGGGAGAACUGAUGCCCCUGCUACCACCUGGCAAGAAACUGGUUCCCUCCAGUUCGAUCAGAGACCAGAGCCAGGCUACCCUAGAACCUGCCCCUACAUCUGUAGGAGAGGAGAAACAGACCAGGAAAGAGACUGACAAAGACAAUGAGACCGAGAUGGAUAGAGAGGCCACCCCAGAAACUAUUCAAAUGACCCAGGAGACUGGGGUGGAAGUGGACAAACGCAUUGGCAAAGAAACCUGCAGUGACCCCAGUACAAACACUGGCAGAGAGACUAAGAGAAAGACCAGUAAAGACACUGGCAGAGACACUGGCAGAGAGACCAGUAAAGGCACUGGCAGAGAGACCAGUAAAGGCACUGGCAGAGAGACCAGUAAAGGCACUGGCGGAGAGACCAGUAAAGGCACUGGCAGAGACACUGGCAGAGAGACCAGUAAAGGCACUGGCGGAGAGACCAGUAAAGGCACUGGCGGAGAGACCAGUAAAGGCACUGGCAGAGAGACCAGUAAAGGCACUGGCGGAGAGACCAGUAAAGGCACUGGCGGAGAGACCAGUAAAGGCACUGGCGGAGAGACCAGUAAAGACACUGGCGGAGUCACAAUAACAAAAGCUAGUCAGGAAACCAGAAAGGACAGCAGGAGCAGAGGGAAAGAUAAGGAGGCAGAAAAGAUAAUCAAGGAGAAAGAGAUGGAGACUGACAAAAAAGAGACCAGUACAGAGACUGUCAAAAAGUUAGGGAGUAAGACUAGAAACAUGACAGUCCAUGAGACCAGCAAAGACACUGGGAAAACGACCAGUACAGAGAAUGUUAAGGAGAAUGAGAGAGAGACUAGCACAGACAUGGAGAGACAGACCUGUAGAGCUGUUAGUAUAGUGGCCAGUAGAGCCAGCAAUAGAGAGACCAAAAGAAAGCAUGGUAAAAAGCCUGAGACUUGUAAAACACCUGAAAAGAAGACCAAUACUCAGACUGUGAAAGAAAAAACUAAAGGGACUCCUCCCCCCAUCUCCUCUCCAACCAGUAAUCUGUGGGAUUUCCUGAAGAGGCAGAAUCGAGAAGCUGUGAUUGGUCUGAGUGCACUCAUCGAGUGCCACAGUCACGGCCAGUCCCCCCUCUACCUCUGCCAGGUGUGUGAGUGUAAAGUCUUCCAAAACGGCAUCAUCGUCCAUGUAACCACAGACUGCCACCGACUUUCCUACCUGAGGUCGCUGAAGACAGUGAUUGUCCCCAAAGGGAACCAGCUCCAUAAGAAGUUGAGGAGAGCUGCCUUGAAGCUGGAGAAUACCAUGGGAUAUGGAGAGGCUGAGGUAGCGGAGUUGGAUGCACACACAUACAAUUUUGUUGCAGAAAGAUCCUUUCCCAUUGGCCUGAACAUUGUAAUGAAGGUCAUAAAUGGUGACCCUUCACCUGACCCCCGACUGUUGGUCAGCCUUAAACCUCCUGAUCCCUCACCCCAGGUCAGCCCUGAACCCCCUGACCCCUCACCCAAGGUCAGCCCUGAACCCCCUGACCCCUCACCCCAGGUCAGCCCUGAACCCCCUGAACCCUCACCCAAGGUCAGCCCUGACCCCUCACCCCAGGUCAGCCCUGAACCCCCUGAACCCUCACCCAAGGUCAGCCCUGACCCCUCACCCCAGGUCAGCCCUGAACCCCCUGACCCCUCACCCCAGGUCAGCCCUGACCCCUCACCCCAGGUGUCGGAGGUCAGCAACCCCACCAUGACCUCUACAGCUCUGUGGUCCUACCUGAAUGCCUCCACCAGGACACAGCCUGUCAUCGGUGUCAGUAUGUUGACAGAGUUGCCAGACAGACAUGGUGACUACUUCCUCUGCCGCUGCUGUUCUCACAGGAUGUUUACGUCAUCCCUCAUUGGACACCUAAUCUCUGCUCGACACCGCUACCACUACAUAAAACUAGUGUACCCUGAGCUGGCUGCUGAUUGGCCAGUGAGCCCAGAGCUGACUGUGAAGGCGGGGCCUCUUCAUGAGGAGCUCAGAGUGAGAGCUGCAGAACUGGAGGCACAGGAGGGACUAGGACAGCCCACGGUGGUAAAGAGAGAACCUGCUGCUGGAGACACAACCACUACUGAAGGGACUGCCCAGCAGAGCCAGAACAGCUCACCUCUCACUGUGAAAGAGGAACCGGUUGACUCCACAGUACCGUCCCAGCCCCCUAGAGGAGAGAAGAGGAACAAGAGGAGGAGCAACCCUGUGGUUGGUGUGAACUUCCUGGUCCAGGUGUCCCACAGGAGAAGGAAACAGUACUACUGUCAGCUAUGUUCUGUCAGGAUGAAACACGCUAUUACUGAUCACAUGACCAGCCUCAGCCACCGACACAACUAUGUGAGGUUGAAGUACCCUGGUUGGACCUCCAGCCCGGUAGAGAUGGAGAAGAAGCUGUUCAAAAUGGCCGUUCACCUGGAGAAGGUCGACAGAGACGCAGGAAUGGGCAUGCAGAAGGUAGAAGUGGAAGCUGAUGAGUACAAAGAGCUGUUGUCCUUUCCUGUGGAGGAAGGUGUCAGUAAACUGCAAGCCAUCAUCAGACGGCAACAAGAGCCAUGCGACCUGAGACACACAGCUCCCUCGACCAAUCACAACCCAGAGGAUCUGAGACAGACAGCUCCCUUGUCCAAUCCCGAUGCAGCCCAAUGUCCAGCUCAAGGUAUGUGUGGGGCAGAGUCGCGUGAGACCGAGGGAGUGUGUCCUCUCCCUGUCAGUCUAUCAGAGGAGAAUGACCAGACGCCCCAGAGGCUCUUGGUUCAGAUCUCAGUGUUUUUGGGAGAAGACCAGGAACCCCUACAAGUACCUUCCCCGUUCCUCCAGGAUCAGCCAUCCCUUACUUCCAUCCCUCUCCCCAUCUCUACACCUCCCCCUCCCUCCCUCUCUCCCUCAAACCCCUUUUCUACCUCUCUUUCCACAGUUGCCCCAUCUACCUCACCCUCCCUCUCUUCCUCCAUACCAUCCCACACUCCCUCUUUGUCCACAGAGAAGACGAGAGAGACAGAAGUCUCUGUUUCUGCUCCUCUCUCAGCUCUGAGGAGCUCAACACAUUUGAAGGACUGGGAGACUUGUCUGAGUCCAGAGUGGUGGGAGAGGAAGAGCCCAGAAUGCAGAGAGACACAGAUGCUUCUAGAAAUACCAGACAGACACACUCUUCUGGAAUACUCGGGGAGAGACAGACAGGCGGACUACUCGGAGAGAGACAGACAGGCGGACUACUCGGAGAGAGACAGACAGGCGGACUACUCGGAGAGAGACAGACAGGCGGACUACUCGGAGAGAGACAGACAGGCGGACUACUCGGAGAGAGACAGACAGGCGGACUACUCGGAGAGAGACAGACAGGCGGACUACUCGGAGAGAGACAGACAGGCGGACUACUCGGAGAGAGACAGACAGGCGGACUACUCGGAGAGAGACAGACAGGCGGACUACUCGGAGAGGGACAGACAGGCGGACUACUCGGGGAGGGACAGACAGGCGGACUACUCGGGGAGGGACAGACAGGCGGACUACUCGGAGAGGGACAGACAGGCGGACUACUCGGAGAGGGACAGACAGGCGGACUACUCGGAGAGGGACAGACAGGCGGACUACUCGGAGAGGGACAGACAGGCGGACUACUCGGAGAGGGACAGACAGGCGGACUACUCGGAGAGGGACAGACAGGCGGACUACUCGGAGAGGGACAGACAGGCGGACUACUCGGAGAGGGACAGACAGGCGGACUACUCGGAGAGGGACAGACAGGCGGACUACUCGGAGAGGGACAGACAGGCGGACUACUCGGAGAGGGACAGACAGGCGGACUACUCGGAGAGGGACAGACAGGCGGACUACUUAAGGAGAAACAGACAGGCGGACUACUUAAGGAGAAACAGAGAGACGGAAUACCUGGCAUCUCAGAGCUUACAUCAGACUACAGAGCACUGGGUGACAGGGCAGGUGACCUCCAUGGACACAAUGCUGUACAGUACUCCAACAGAACCGGACGAAGACCAAGAACACACACAUCGUCACGGGGAACACACACAUCAGCACGGUGAACACACACAUCAGCACGGUGAACACACACAUCAGCAUGGGGAACACACACAUCAGCACGGUGAACACACACAUCAGCACGGGGAACACACACAUCAGCACGGGGAACACACACAUCAGCACGGGGAACACACACAUCAGCAAGGUGAACACACACAUCAGCACGGGGAACACACACAUCAGCACGGGGAACACACACAUCAGCACGGUGAACACACACACUUCGAGCAGGCCCCAGCAAGCUGGCUCAGUGUUCCAGAGGUGUAUCUGCUGCCGGACACACCCGCAGCAAAGAGGGUUGUCGGCCCCAGCCACCUGUCCAAGUACCUGAAAGUGAAGGGCCUUCACAACACAGAACCGAUUAUAGGUCUGAGCAGUGUGGUGGAGUGUAGAGGUAUAUCCCAGGCUACAUUUUUCAUAUGUGUGAGCUGUGCUGAGACUCUCUCCAGUACACACAUCUGUGAACACAUCAUCAGCACACAACACCAGCAGUGCUACAUGUUUUCCCAGUAUAGUCCUAUGCGCUGUGAUUGGUUGAGAGAGCAGCAGCAGCCUCCGAGUCCACAGCUCCUCAGGAAGGUCGCUUCAGCACUGUCACAACUGGAGGUGGACCUAGAUGCACAGGUGAUGCUGCUGGAUCAGAUGUGGUAUAACCUUGUGCAGUCAGCUCCAUUCCACGAAGCCAUGUACAUGCUGCAGGAACAGAAUCAGAAUGCCCUGCGUCUACACACAGCAAGCAGACACCAGCUUUGUCCCCCAGUUGGUCCUGACCCAGCAACGGAGCAGGGCUUUGACCAGAACCACAGAGUGAUGGAUAAACUGACCAUGGAUCAGAUUGAGCCCCAUCAUCCCCUGCAGACAGCAGAUACAGUGGCUGGUAAACUGACUGGAGAUCAGCUGGAGUCAGGCCAGUGCAUACAGACCGCAGACAGACGGCCAGAUAAUCAGAACCCGGAUCAGCCCCAGUUGAGCCAGAGCUCAGAGAGAACAGAGAUGGUCCCUGAGCCAAUAAGAGCCAAGACACCACAUAAUUCUGAGCCAAUCAGAGACAAGACACCACAGAACAUUGAGCCAAUCAGAGCCCAGAUGCCAAAGAAUUCUGACCCAAUAAAUUCCCAGACACCACAGAACACUGAGCCAAAAAGAGCCUGGAUGCCACAGAACUCCUCAGAACCACAUCUGGACCAAGACGACACAGUCAUUAUCAAACAGGAGCCUGUGGACCCCAAGGUGGAACCUCAGACCCAGCCUGAGGUGGACCCCUUAAAGGGUGUCUGUGAGGUGGAGUACCAGGGGACCGUCCUAGGACACAGCCAAGAGAUGACACGAAUAGGAGGGGCCACAGAGAACUCCCUUCACCCCACCAAGACCCUGAGAGACUCCGUCAACAGCAGCCUGCCUCUGGUCGGUCUCAGUGCAGUGAUAGAGUGUUGCAGUGAUGGCCAGGUGUCCUUCUACCUGUGUGUGUCGUGUGGCAGCAAAAUUGAAAAAGCUCUACUCAUCAGCCACGUCCUCAAAUACAGACACCGACAGCUGUACCUGACAAAGAGGUACCCGUGGUAUUUCCUUGGUGUGGUACCAGCCCGAGGGUUGGCAGAACAGUCCAGACUGAUGCAGAUUGCUAACGAGGUGGAGGAGCAGAACCAUGAUGAGCCUGGCACGCUACAGGAGGUGAUCCUGGCCCCUGCUGACUUUGACGAGAUCAAACGGAUGCUGUUUGAUAAAGCUGUAUCCCGUUUGCAGGAGAUCUGUAGAGAGCAGAACCAGACUGAACUCCUCACCACGGUCACCAGCAAACCUGAACCAAAAGUGGUCAAGCAGGAGAUUGUGGAGUGCCAGGUGGUCUCCCAUCAGGCCGUGGAGCAAUUCCUACCGCCACAGAGAUGUAGGAGAAACACUGGAAAGCGUUGUUCUAACGUUGAGGGGUCAGAGGUGAGGGGUCAGCAGCAGGUGAAGAAGAGAAAGGUGUCUAGCCCCUCUGAGGGUCACAUUGCCCCUGUCAUCUGUCUGUCAUCUCCUGAAGUCACCAAGUCUUCAGACACACACACUGUCAACCAGACACACACCAUCACACCCUCACCCACACAAUCCAACACUAAGCCGAAACUCACACCCUCAUGCACACACUCUGACUCUCAAACAAAACUUAAACCUUCAUGCACACACCCCAAACCCAAUUCAACUGCCCCAGAAUAUACUAGACCAAAACUCCCUCCUCAUUCUGCCACCAAGCCCUCCAGUAUCCCUGCCGACAGCCUGACUGUUGCCAAAGAGUCCUCUAGCAAGAAACCCACUCACACACUGUGCAAACCCACUCACACACUAUCCAAUCCCCCAAAAACACUCUUCACCAGUAGCCAUAAGCUCACUGACAAACAUUCGGACAAGAAUGAGUCUCAGAAACAUACUGAAAAGGCUAAACCCACUCGCACACACAGUGAACGCACACACAGAAACCGCACACACACUCGCAAACACAGUGACCUCACACACACUGACAGGACCAAACACAGACACAGUGACCGCAAACACACUAACAGACAUUCUGACCACUCACGUGACCACACUAAGAGACACAAUCGUAGCUCCAGCCGUUCCUCCAAAGCCCCCCCCAGAAAUAGUCCCUCUGAGUCCCCCCUGCUCUCCCCCUACUCCCCAGCUGCAUUCUACCCCACCAGAGCCACUUCUGCAGCGAGCCUAACCCAGGUCAAACCCAGCCAACCAUCCUGCCUGGUCAACAAACAACUAUCCAAACAGUCCAGGCAACCAACCAAGAGACCCCCCAACCCAACCUCAGCAGCCAGACCUCUCCAGACCCAGGCCAACCCUCCCAACAACACCUCUUACCCCCACCUGCACCCAGCAAGAACCGGACCCAGGACCCCCCCACCCGGACCCAUGACCCCCAACCCCCGGCCAUCCCUCCCUGCCUCACUCCUCCACCCCCACCCCCACCCCAGCCAGAUCCUGUCCACGCCUCUGGGGUUAAGAAGACUUCCAUCGUAG